AGCUCGCGAUAGGCUGGAGGAUUUAAGCGGCCCCCCGGAGUGAUGAGGGCUUUCUGAGACGGCUUCUAAACUUGACGGGUUUCGAGGCCCCUCAGGUAGAUCACGCUCCGCACAACGGGGCCAAGUUAGUCCGCGUGGGAGAUUCGUUGUGGUUCGUGACUUUCUACUGAAUAGACUCGACGAAACUCGCACUACUUUCAAAAGCGCGAGUUGACGCCGCGGGGGUCGUUGCGUGCGUGCGUGCGUGCGUGCGUGCGUGUGUGCGUGUGUGUGUGUGUGUGUGUUGGAGCGGAGAUGAACGCAGAGGUGGAUUACGGAGGCUCCGGGAGCAGCGGCAACGGGAAGCUGCGCCAGUGGCUCAUCGAGCAGGUGGACUGCGGCACGUACCCCGGUCUGGUGUGGGAGAACGACGAGAAGAGCAUCUUCCGGAUCCCGUGGAAACACGCCGGGAAGCAGGACUACAACCGAGACGAGGACGCCGCGCUGUUCAAGGCCUGGGCGCUGUUUAAAGGUAAGUUCCGGGAGGGGAUCGACAAGCCGGACCCGCCGACCUGGAAGACUCGCCUCCGCUGCGCCCUCAACAAGAGCAACGACUUCGAGGAGAUGGUGGAGAGAAGCCAGCUGGACAUCUCUGACCCCUACAAAGUGUACCACAUCAUCCCCGAGAGCGCCAAGAAAAGACCCAGACAGGACGACAGUCCUCUGAGUCCAAUGAGCUACCAGGUGCACUCCCCCUAUCCUGCCCUUCAGACCCAGAUACCACAGUACGUGCCCACACCAGAGUGUGGCUGGAGAGAUUUCUGUCAGGAGCAGGCGUCCCUGCCUGAGCUGCCCUUCACUCACUGCCCCCCCCGCAGCCUGCCAUGGCAGGGCCAGUCCAUGGAGAAUGGGUAUCAACUCAGAGCCUCCAUUUACUCGUAUGGUCCUGCUGACAGUCAGCCCUCGCCUUUCUCACUGGACGCCAGCAUCAGAUCAGCGGAGGCGCUCUCAGACUUCCGCCUGCAUGUGUCUGUGUAUUUCCGGGACUCUCUGGUGAGGGAGGUGACAACCUCCAGUCCCGAGGGCUGCCACAUCACUCCCUGCUCGCCGGAGGAGAAGCACUACCAGCCUCCUGGAGGUCCUGAGGUGGUCCCCCUGCCUGUGGAGAGCCUCUCUGCCCAAAGGAGGACAGAGGAGUGUCCCCCGAGUCCCCCGGCCACCCUGGAGAGGGGGGUGCUACUGUGGAUGGGCCCAGAUGGACUCUACGCUCGCAGACUGUGUCAGGGCAGAGUGUACUGGCAGGGAGGACUGUCCCAGUAUGGAGACAAGCCUAACAAACUGGAGAGAGAGGUCACCUGUAAACUCCUCCACACACAGGACUACCUGACAGAAAUCCAGAGCUACGGGCUCCACGGCCGGCCGCUGCCUCGGUUCCAGGUCCUCUUGCACUUUGGAGACGAGUGUCUGGACCUGCAGAGGCCAAGACGGACCCUCACAGUCCAGGUGGAGCCACUGUUUGCCAGGCAGCUCCUGUACUACGCCCAGCAGAUGGGCGGCCACUACUUCCGCAGCUACGAGCACCCGGGAGUCACGGACUACAUAAACACCUCUGAGGACUACCAGAGGACCAUCACACAUCACCACAGCAGCAGCCUGCAGGAGUGAUCACACGAGGCUCAAGAGACUGUUGAAAACCUCAAGACGCUGCAGUGACCUUUGACACCGGAGACGAGAUAACUGAGACAAGAGGACAAAACGUGGACAGUGUUAUACAUGAAGACUAUGGACACCUAGUGACAGUGACUGUGUGCCCUGGAGGGUUCUGUGUGUGUGUGUGUGUGUGUGUGUGUGUCGGCGUGUGUGGCUGGAACUAGAAUUGCAGUGCUACUUCUUUCUCUCCUUACCAUAUUUUCGUGCCACCAUUUUUUAUGGCUCCAUACUUUCUAUGCAAAGAAAACUGACAGCUUAGGCGAUUGUACAGAAGAAAACUGUGUGGUUGAAUUUGAAUGCCUUAAGGUGAUUCUGGGAAAUACGCUUAUUCCCUUUUUUGCUGAGUUCGAUGUGAAGAUUGAUACCCCUCUGUCUGUAUAGUAAACAUGAAGCUGGCGUUAGCUUAGCUUAGCACAAAGACUGGACACAGCCAGAUGCUAGCCUGGCGUAUACAGGCACCUCUGUAGUUCACCAUUUAACGUUUAAUGUGAUAUUUUGUUUGUUUAAUGUGCCAUUUUAUGGGUGUCAUUCCAUUGUUCCACCUCGAUUAAUCUGUAACUAGUUAUAUAGAAACUUUGACGGUACUGGAAUUCAGUUUUUUUAACCUCUGGAAUUAGCUAGGCUAAUCGUUGCCCCCAUUUCCAGUCUUUAUGCUAAGCUAAUUGUUUUCUGGAAGUUGCUUUAUAUUUGCUGUACAGACGUGAGGAUGGUAUCGAUUUCUUCAUGUAACGCUUCUUCUCAAUGUUUUUUGUUGUUGCUAGGAGACACACUAUCAACGCCAUUUAAGUUAUGAAUGAAGUCUUGUGCUAUGUUUGUGUGAGAAACUCAGGGAGCUGGUUUUAGAUAAGCUUUUUCAACAAAAUGUUGCAUCAAUUACAUGAAAUAUUUUUCAAAUUGAAUUGUCAUAAUACCAAAUAUGAGGAGUGGAUAUAUGAGCUUAUUUUUUUGGCCUUGAAGGAGCACAUUUCUGUUGUAAAAAACAAUAAAUGGCUGAAGUGCAAAGAC